AAUAGUUUCUAAUCCGCCAUCUUGAACAUCAAACAACGAAGAAAAGAAACGUUCUCAAAAGGAAACUCCAAUAUCAACGGUUCAAAUAAACCAGACAGAACAAAAAUCUCCACAAUCAUGGAGGCUGACAAGAAAGGAGAAAAACCUGCCAUCGAAGAAAAUGCAUUUGAAGCUUUGGAAAGAGACUUCCAAGAAGUUCUCGGUGAACUCAUGGGAGAUAAAAGCUUGGAAAAGUUUAGAGUUGAAUAUGAGAAACUGCACAGAGCGCUCAAGAAAUCUCAUGAAAGUGAGAAGCGAUUGAUGCAAAAAUGUAGAGAAUUGAAUGCAGAGAUAGUUGCCAAUGCAGCAAAAGUUCAAACAGCAUUGAAACUUUCUCAAGAAGACCAAACAACAAUUGCUUCCUUGAAGAAGGAGAUUGAGAAAGCAUGGAAGAUGGUCGAUGCUGCACACGACAAGGAGCAGAGAGCAAGAGAGACUAUUCAGUCUCUGAAGCUAGAGAUAGCAAACCUAAGCAAACUUGUUGAACAAGGUGCUGGGCUAACUAUGGGACAGGAUCACAGUGUAAACGAACUGCUAAAAAUCAAAGAUGAAUUGACAAAAGAAAGAGACGAAAAGCUUGCCGAGGUGUCAAGACAAAGAGAAGAACUAGCAAAUGCCACAUCAAAACAACAGAAAGCAGAGCAGGAUAGGGAAGAAGCAGAAAUGAAGAUAGCUGAGCUGAAAGAAGAUAUCCAGGUUCGCAGUAAUGAAUCACAGAGAGAAGCUCGUAAAAAGGAGAAGAUUGAAAAAGAACUCAAAGCAGCCAAGAAUGAGCUGGAAAACAAAACAUUGGAGCUGAAAACCAAGCACAGCCAGCUUCAAAGAUCACAAGAAGAAAUAGCAAAGCUUGAGCAACAACUCAAAGAACAGAGGAUCCUGAAUGAGAAGGCAAUGAAAGACACAGAUCUAUUAAAUGCAAGGUUAACUAAAGUACAACAAGAUUUCGAGCAACAGCUCAUGAAUUGCGAUCAACUUGCAUCUGAAAACACACAGAAGGCUGCAGAACUGAAAGCCAGAGAAGACGAGAUUAACAGCUUAAAACAGGACACUGUCAGACUGACAAAGAUGAGAGAGGCCAUACAAAGAAAGCUCAGAGCUGUAGAAGAUCAGAAGCUUGAGGUUGAACAACAAAAAGAGACACUAAAGAGUCAGAUUGCUGGUCUUGAGAAAGAACUGGAAGCAAGCAAAAAACAGUCAGAACAAGACAGAAAAGCCAUCGAUGACCUUGUCCGCGAGAGAGACAUUUUGAACAAGAACUUGCUCAAGGCUGCUGGUGCAACCCAAAAGCAACUUGGUGUUGUCAGGCUGCAUGAACAAACCAAGAAGAACUUAGAACAAGAAAUUCAGAACUACAAAGACGAGGCUCAGAAGCAGCGCAAGAUCAUCUACCAGUUAGAGAAAGAACGUGAUCGAUAUAUCAAUGAAGCCAGUGAACUCACCCAGAAAGUCCUUCAGCAUAUGGAAGAUGUCAAGGUCAGGGAGAUGCAGAUCUUUGAUUACAAGAAGAAGAUUGCGGAAGCAGAGACGAAACUUAAACAACAGCAGAAUCUUUACGAGGCAGUUCGAAGCGAUCGUAACCUAUACAGUAAAAACUUGAUUGAAUCCCAAGACGAAAUCACCGAAAUGAAACGAAAACUCAAAAUCAUGAAUCACCAAAUUGACCAACUCAAAGAAGAAAUCACAGCUAAGGAAGCAACCCUCGUCAAGGAGCACUUGGAGCACCAGAGAGUUGAAAAAGAGAAAGACGCGCUCAAAGCAGAGCUGCAAAGAAUGAAGCAGCAAGCGGCAGAGUCCAAAGCUUACAUAGACCAACAGGAAGCUGAGGAACGAAAGCUCCUUAAGAUUAUUUCAGAAGCUGAUUCGGAAAGAAUGAGACAGAAGAAAGAACUUGAUCAGGUUAUCGGCGAGAGAGACAUCCUUGGAACUCAACUUGUGCGACGCAACGAUGAGUUAGCAUUACUUUACGAGAAGAUCAAAAUCCAACAAUCAACGCUUAACAAAGGUGAAAUCCAAUAUCGUCAACGUAUCGAAGACAUUCGACUCCUGAAACUUGAAAUCAAGAAGCUCAGACGCGAAAAAAAUAUUCUAACGAAGAGCGUUGCUAAUGUGGAAGAUCUGAGACGCGAGGUUUAUCAUCAUCAACGCGAACUGUUACGAGAAAGGACACGAUGCAAAGCGUUAGAAGAAGAGUUGGAAAACCCCAUGAACAUUCACAGAUGGCGAAAACUAGAGGGAAGUGACCCCAGCACUUACGAAAUGAUCCAGAAAAUCCAAACCCUACAACGAAGACUAAUUCAAAAGACAGAAGAAGUUGUUGAAAAAGAACUCCUCAUCCAAGAAAAAGAAAAGCUUUACAUGGAAUUAAAACAGAUACUUGCGCGGCAGCCUGGUCCCGAGGUAGCCGAGCAACUAAGCAUUUACCAACAAACGCUAAAAGAAAAGACGAAACAAAUGAAAGGAAUGUCUUCUGAACUCAAUAUGUACGAGGCACAGGUCAAAGAAUAUAAAUACGAAAUCGAAAGACUUGCAAAAGAACUACAAGAUGCCAAGAAGAAAUAUUACAUGCAGAAACGAAAAGACCAGCAAGCAAGGGAGCGUGAUCGAGCAAUACAAAAUGCCGGCGGACCACCAUUCGUACCACAAAGAACAGACGGACCAAGAUUUACCGGCGGAGGGUUCAAUUUACAGCAAGCGCCCAAAGUGUCUGCAUAAAUAUUUUAUAGAAAUACUCCAUUAUAUUUUGUAAAUACAUUAAAACAACCGAUUACUGUCAAGCAAUCUGUACAUGAGUGGAACGGUUUAAUAUUUUAAAUAAAAGAAUUAUAUGAGCACAAA